UUUUUUUUUUUUUUUGGUUCAAAAACUCAUCCUUUUCAUACUCAACUCCAGCACUCUCGAAUGGGCAACUCUGGCUCGCAGCAGCAACCACAGCAGCAGUCGUCAUCAUCAUCAUCGUCGUCGCGCUAUGGCCAGCCGGCUCAGCACGCACCCACAUCGCGCAAGACGAGCGACCCGUCUGCAAUGUCCCCGCGAAUGGGGCGACCGAUGACGGCCGCGUCUCCAAUGCAGACGAGCAGCAACAGCAGCAACAACAACAACGGCAACCGCGUUGGGAGCAGCAGCAGCGGCGGGAGCGGCGGUGGCGGCAGCUCAGUCCCGCUCCAUCCGGGCAGCACGGGCAGCAACGGCAGCGUCGGCAGCAGAGGCCAGGACGGCGGGGCGGUGGUGAGCGGAGGACGGCAGCUCGUCAACAACCAGCGCCUGGGCUACUUUGAGGCGCCGUCCCCGCCGGCGUUCGGAUCUCCGCUCGACACGCCGUCCUUCUUGGACUUUCCGUACGGACCGGCUGGCAGCGGGAUGAGCGGCUCGCACGACGGACGCGGCGGCAGCAACAAUGGCAACGGCGGCGCCAUUCCCGACCCGGUCUCAGUCGCAAUGCUCAUGGAAGACGAUCUCGCCAACGCUGGCACGCCGCUCCGAGGCAGCAGUGCAAAUGCUCGGAGGGAAGGCGUCCCGACAGUCUUUCGAUGGCAUCGCGGUGGCAAGAACGUGUACGUGACGGGCACUUUUAACGGGUGGAAGGGGCGAAUUCCCCUCAACAAGAGCCACGACGAGUUUACAACCAUCGUCGAGCUCCCGCCAGGCACACACCAGUACAAGUUUAUUGUCGACGACGAGUGGAUGUUCAAUCCAGACCAACCAACAGUGCCGGAUCCGUACGGUGCAAUGAAUAACAUGGUGGACGUUUUGCCACCCGAUUCCAUGUACGAGAUUGAGUCGGAUCCCACGGCGCUUUCGUCGUCGCCGCCUGGGGAUUACGGCCAAGAGAUGCCGCCGAUGGAAUACGGCGCCAAGCCGCCACCAGUCCUUCCUCCCCAUCUGCUGCAAGUCAUCCUCAACGCCGACCCGGUGUCGGAAGACGAUCCUACGCGCCUCCCCGUCCCCAACCACGUCAUGCUCAACCACUUAUACGCGCUAUCUAUCAAGGAUGGUGUGAUGGUCCUUGGCGUCACGCACCGAUUCCGGAAAAAGUACAUUACCACCGUUCUUUAUCGAUGCGUCUAAAUUGUCCCUUCCCCCUUCCCCCUCCCCUCACAGUGUGCUGCGAACGCUAGAGCUCAAUUUGCUCGAGAAGAAUGAGAUGGCUUCCGAGCGACCCGCUCUGUUAAUAACUGCUCCGAUGCAAAUACACAUAAGCACAACCAUAAUAGAAUGCUUGACACAA